AUAUUACUUCACACAAAGAUCAUGUUUCGCUAAGCUUCAAAGUUACUUUUUAACUAUUUUUGCCAGCAAUGUUUGAGGUUUCUUAAAAGUUCAGUAUAAAAUCUUACUUUAUCUUUACUUACUGUUAAGCUUAGCCAAACACCCUUAAGUCCAAGAUCAUUACUUUAUGCAUGUAAUUUCUGGGGAUUUUGUUUAAUCUUAAAUCAAGUUGGCAGUACGUGUCACGUGUGAAAAUUACUUGAGGAGCAGAUUUUGUCAACUGCAGUUAAAUUAACUAUCAGCCAGAGAAUUUCUGCUUAUAAAGAAAAAAUUGCUGCAAUGUCUUGUAUAUAAACUAUGGAAGUAGCCCAUAUCAGUAUGUGAAUUGACGCAGUUUUUCUCAGAAACACAUUACUGUUUCUCUUGUGAUGCCAAGCCCUGCCUAGGUUUUGUGUGUGGCUGAGUUUAAGCCGAAUCGGGUGUUUCUGCAACUCAGAAUUUUAAGCAGAUAAUCAAAGAGCAUGCAGUACCUUACAUUCUUUAGCUCUCUGUUGUUGCUCCUCUUCUUUAGCAGUUGCCUGGUUUUGUGCUAUGAUGGGCCGCUUUACGACUCUUCUGCUUAUACACAAUGUAAACUGCACCCUGAGGAGCCACUUUACAACGGUGGAAUCCUCAAAGAUCAAGUUCCGAGUUUCCUACGAAGUAUUAUGGAUAAUGGAGAUCAAGUUUCUUACCCGACAUUUUUGUUGCAAAACCUCACCGUGGGCAACAGAUAUUGUUUUUCAGUAUGGAUCAAGAUAAACAAUGCAGAUUCAGCUCUCAUAAGGGCUAGUCUUAUGACAGAAGAAACUACCCUAAGUUGCAUAGGAGCCGUUAUAGCCAAGCAAGGUUGCUGGUCAUUUCUCAAGGGUGGAUUUGUAUUGACAUCAUCAUCAAAAUUAUCUGAGUUAAAUCUUCAGGUAGGAGAUUCAGCUGGCAGAGAUCUCGACAUAGAGAUUGCAAGCGCUUCUCUGCAGCCAUUCACUGCAGAGCAAUGGAGGUUGAAUCAGCAGACUAAAAUCUACAAGGAAAGGAAGCGUGCAGUUAUAAUCCAUGUAUCAGACAGGCAGGGAGCCAAAUUGCCAGGGGCCGAAAUUACAGUAGAGCAAGUUUCAAAAGAUUUCCCAUUUGGAUCUGCUAUAGCUAAGACUAUCAUCGGAAAUUCACGCUAUCAGAAAUGGUUUACAGAAAGAUUCAAUGCAGCAGUUUUCGAAAAUGAGCUCAAGUGGGAUGCAACAGAACCCAAGCCGGGGCAUGUUAACUACACGAUACCUGACCAGAUGCUCGAAUUUGUUCGAGCAAAUCAGAUAAUCACGAGAGGCCACAAUAUCUUCUGGGAGAACCCCAAGUCAUCACCACAAUGGAUUCUUAACCUAACAAGUCUUGAACUGCAAUCUGCUGUCUCCUCCAGAAUACAAAGUCUAAUGAGCAGAUACAAAGAAGAAUUCAUUCACUGGGAUGUUAGUAAUGAAAUGCUUCAUUUUGACUUUUAUGAGCAACGGCUUGGGCCGAACGCCACCCUGCAGUUUUUUGAGAAGGCUCAUCAAAUAGAUCCAUUAGCCACACUUUUCAUGAAUGAAUAUAAUGUGGUGGAAACUUGCAAUGAUGUCAAUUCCACAGUGGAUACGUACAUAUCAAGAAUGACAGAGCUAAAGCAAGGUGGUGUAACAAUGGAUGGAAUUGGACUUCAGGGCCAUUUUGAUGUACCAAACCCUCCUCUCAUGAGGGCUAUCCUUGACAAAUUGGCCACUCUCGGCCUUCCAAUUUGGUUAACAGAAGUUGAUAUCAGCAAACAAUUUAGCAAAGAAAGUCAGGCAAUUUAUCUAGAAGAAGUUUUAAGAGAAGGCUUUUCACAUCCUGCUGUCAAUGGGAUAAUACUCUGGACGGCCCUCCGCCAAAACAGUUGUUACCAAAUGUGCCUAACUGAUAACGACUUCAAUAACCUGCCGGCAGGUGACACUGUCGACAAGCUCCUAAAAGAGUGGCAAACCGGGAUUUUGGAAGGUGAAACGGACAAGUACGGUUCAUACAGUUUCUUUGCUUUCUUGGGUGAAUACAAGGUGACAGCCAAGUAUGGCAACAAAAUAGUGAAAUCAACAUUCUCUGUUAGUCAAGGUGAAGAAACCAGGAAUUUCAACAUUCAAUUGAAAUAAAACAAGCAAUGUACCCAGUAUAAUUAUACAGAAUUGAAAUUCUACCUACAAACGUAUUCAUUUUACGAUAUGUGAGCAAAUUACACAACAAAUUAGAGGUUAUUUCAUUA